UUAAAGAAAGCGCACACCCAAACACACAGUAACGCACUCGAGGCGAGAACCCAACCCAAGCUUGCCCAAAAUAGAAUCACCAUUUUUAGCUUUUCCCAAGCAACCUGCCACCUCUUCCUCUCUCCUCUGCUGGAGGAGAGAGAAGAAGAACAAGAACAAUCCACAAAUAUCGUGUUUGGCAAUUGUAAAUAAAUUAAAUUAUUUUCCUCAAAUUUCUAGGGUUUCUUCAUCUACACUCUCAUUUCUCGUCGACAUCAUUCCUUUACCUGCAUUGCACUGGGAUCCACUAUUUUUCUUUGCAGAUUUGAAUUUUAGGUGAUAUAUCUUUAUACAGAUUCGAGGUGGAGACAAGUCAUUAUCUGGUUGAUUACUGCCAGUUGCUGUGUACAGAUAUUGCAUUUUGUUAGUAUCAAUGGUAUGCUCGCUAGGAAGUGGUAGAAUGGCGGUUAUGGCCAGGAUUUUAGCUGCAGCAAGUUUAUCACAAACCAUCCGAGAGGAAGUUGGCCAACAAAAGUUAGCUGCCCAAUGUAUCUACAGAGAAUUUCAUGAGGCUGAUGAAGCAAACUUGCUUGAUGAAGAUGAUAUGCAUGUUUAUGGUUUGAAACCUAUGACUGACCCUUUGGAUCUGGUAUGCUGUAAUGCUUGCAAGAAACCAGUGAAGGCCAGUCACUUUGUAACUCAUACAGAACUUUGUAGGUUGUUAAGUUCUGCAGAAGAAACAAUGCUGGAGCAUGGUGGUAGUAUAGGGCACAGGAAACCUCCAAGGAAGGAGAGGAGAAAGUUAUUGAGUACUUAUACCUACCAAGCUACCCCAGCUGUGGAGACAGAGAGGCCUUUAUCUACAGAUGCUGAUUAUUUGGCUGGGUCAGAAUCUCAGUUGGAUGGACAACCUAUAAUGUCAUCUUCUUUCUCCAUGGAUGCAAAGAGAAAUCCCGCUUGCAUAGACGUGGCAUCUAUAAUUGAUGGUAAAGGAGUGAGUCCUGAGAAUACAGACCAUUCGGCCUGUGUGAUGCCACCUCCAACAAAACGCUCUAAACUUGUAUCAAGUCGACAUCUAUCAUUAUCAAAUGAUCCAGAAGCAGCUUCUGGCCUAACAAAGAUUAUAAGCACUCAGGAUACUUUUACCUAUGUACCAGCUCCCCUAGCUACAAAAAUUUAUUACUCUCAAAGAAACAAUCGCCUCCGGUCGGCAAUUGCUAGCAUGUAUCACUCGGCUUCAGCUAAGGGACUUGGCAGCAAUGUCAGGAGUCCAGAAGUAUCACAGGAAAAUUCAAUCCAGUUGCAGGCUUCACCCCAUCAGGGCGGUUUGCACGAGCCAGUUGAUGACCUCUUCAACAAGGAGAGAGGGGCCUAUGCAUGUAAACCUGAUCAAGUUCUUUCACAAAGUUCAGAAGUAUGCUUGGAUAAAUCAGGAGGAUGCAUACCAGCCUCUAACUUCUCAAGUCAGUUUGCUGUUGAUAACAUUCUAAGCCCCCAACCUGCUCCAGUUGGACUGCUCAGAACCAAAUAUAUUCCGAAGCCCUAUUCUUUUGCAGGCAACUCAGGACAAUCUCUAGGAACCGUACAGCAACCAAGUGGAAGUGUCCCUGUUUUAUAGGAGUCUUCCAGGUGGGAAUUUUGGCUAGGCGCAAGUGUAUUUAGUACAGUACAUGAGGUUAGGAUCCAUUUUUGAAACCAAAAAAGAAAAAAAAAAAAAAGAAAAAGAAAAAGGAAAAUCAUCUCAAUUGUUUAUUCUAACCUUCUGUAUCAUCCUAGACUAAAAACUCUCUUUGUGCUCUCUAGAAAUAAAGAAAAUCUCACUUAUAUAA